UUUUUUUUUUUUUUUAUUCUCGUCUUUCCGUCGAAAUCUUGUGCCGCCGUCAGAGGAAGACCAUAACAAUAUAAUAUUAUAUACGUAGGUACGACGGGAUUUCUUCGGUCUGUUUAUUUCGUUCACGCGUCGCAUUUGGUUUUUCGGUUUCGUCUUGUCGAAUCGUCGUCGUCCACGCUCCGCGACCGCAUAGGCGUGCGGCCAAUGAAUCGCUGCGCGAGUACCGCAACCACCGCCGCUGCAACCCGCACCGCCGCCGCCGACGACUGCACCGCGGCGACGCCGGCCGUUGUUGUCGUAGUGGUCUCGUAGCGCGAGCGUCCCGCGAAAACGUCUCUGAACCGCGGGUCUCCCGCGUACCAUGACUUCUCAGUUUUCACAACAACUCGCCAAAAAUAUCGGACACCAGACCGCAUCGUUAGCACCGCCGCCGCAGUCUCUGUUACCGCAGCCGCCGCACACGUCUUCGUCGUCGUCAUCUAGCCCGCCGCCCUUACAGCUAUCGCUCACCGCGGCCCGGCGACACACGUCCGUCUCGCCGCAACCGCCGUCUUCGACCGCCGCAGCCGGCCACAACUCGUCGCCGCCGCCACCGCCGCCGCCGCAGCACCAACAGCGGUCCACCGUCGGCGGACCACCGACCGCAGCACCGGCGGCACCGCCGCCGUCGUCCACGGCACCGUCGUCCGUCGGCGGCAGUCCCACCACGGCCGUAGCCACGGUCAGCACGUCCACCGCGGCCGCGGCCGCGGCCGCCGCGCCACCCAGGUGCUGCGACACCGGCCGGCCCAUAUUCACCGACCCCAUCACCGGGCAGACGGUGUGCUCGUGCCAGUACGACCUGCUCAGCUACCAGCGACUGGCCGCUUCCGGCGUUCCGGCCCUGUCCAUGUACACCGCACCGUACCCCGAGGGCAUGGCCGCCUACUUCCCGGCCCUCGGCUCUGAUCAGCCGCCGUUUUACUCUGCUGCCGCAGCGGGACUUGAUCUCAAAGAGAACUUGGCAGCUGGAGCUACAUGGCCGUACCACUCGGUCUAUCACCCCUACGACGCGGCGUUUGGGUACCCUUUCAACGGGUAUGGCAUGGACCUGAAUGGAGCCAGGCGGAAAAACGCUACGCGAGAGACAACUAGCACGCUGAAGGCUUGGCUUAACGAACACAAGAAGAACCCGUACCCAACCAAGGGCGAGAAAAUUAUGUUGGCCAUUAUAACCAAAAUGACGCUCACGCAGGUGAGCACGUGGUUCGCUAAUGCCCGAAGGCGACUAAAGAAAGAGAACAAGAUGACUUGGGAACCUAGAAAUAGGGUCGAAGACGAAGACAACAACAAUGAAGAUGACCGAAAGAGCCCUGACCCGAAAGAUCUCGAUUGUAAAGAUUCGGGCACGGGAUCGAGCGAAGACGGCGACCGCCCGGGCGCCAAUCACACGGGCAGCGAGUGGAGCGAAUCGCGGGCCGACAGCGGACCGGACUCGCCGGAACUGUUCGAACGGCCGCCGCCGCCGCACUUCCUGCACCAUCCGCCGCCGUACCACCACGGCCACUAUCCCGGAGCGCCGCACCACCCGCCGCCGUCGCACCUCGGCCACCACCAUCACCACCACCAUCCGUCGGCAGCGCCGCCGCAUCACCGGUUCGCGUCCGUCUCGCCGCCGGCCACCGGUGGCGUGGGCGGCGUGUUGCUGCCGUCGCAGAGCAGCGCCCCGAAGCCGCGAAUCUGGUCGCUGGCCGACAUGGCCAGCAAGGACACGACGACCACGACGACGGUCGCGGCCGCGGUCGAGACGACCACCCCGUCCACACCGCCGCCCCCGCCGUCGCCGCACCACCAGCAACUGUCGCCGCCGUCCGUCGGCGGCGCGGCGUCCGGCCGGCGGCCGCCCGCUUACGUCGCGCCGGCCGGUUACGCGCGCCACGAGCAGCUGUACCGGUCGUUCUACGAGGAUCCCGCGGCCGCGGCCUACCACGCGCGUGCCUUCGGCGGCGGCGGCGGAAUCGUGUUCCAGCCGUCCGCAGCCCACCAGCAUCAUUUGCACCAUCAUCACCAGCAGCAGCAGCAGCAACAGCAGCAACAACAGCAACAACAACUGCACGCAGCGGCCGCGGCGGCCGCCGAACCGUCGCCCGCCUCGUCCUCGUCCGACGCCGAAUCCGUGGUCGCCGUCCAGCACGCCGAACGGGCUUGACGCGAAGCAGCGGCAAACUCGACGGCGCACACACACACGUAAAUCCAAAGACAAACAAAAAUAAAUAAAUAAAUAAAUUAAUAUAAACGUU